CUUCGCCAAAAUCCAACGAAGCUGAUUGCGGAUACCAUCACCUUAAUAGUCGACAUCGGAAUCGCCCAGCUCAAGGCGCCUCGAUUUCGACAAUCGCCUUCUUGCUCGGCUUCAUCAGCAGGAGCACGAGUCGCCCGCCGCCUACUUUCUCGCCCGCCUAGUCAGCGAUUCCCGACGCAACGGUUCAUGAUUCCAUUAUCCUUGCCACCACGACAUAACCAACGACAAUGGUAUUGCCCAAGCCAUCCCGCACUAAGUUCCAACACAGAAGCCUAUUACGGAAAAGCGGUAGCAAUCAAGAAACAGUCGGUGUUCCAGCAAGUCUGGGUUCUCGAGCGGCGCAGGUGGAUGUAUUUGUUGCAGUUGCGCGUUGCACAUAUAACUUGGUCGCCAUGGAAGUGGUCGCAAUCAACUCGUGUGACUCAGAGACCAGCAGAGACGCUCACGCACAAUGGACGACCGAUCGCUAGUACCAUUCUCUGAAAUCAGAUCACCUGCAAAUUGGGCACCAGAUUCAGUUCUCCCUUCACAGUACCCCUACCCUUUUCCAUCUCAGCCGCAGAGCUUCCCCAAUCAGCAUGGCAGCACUCAACCUGGAAGCUUCUCUCCCGACAGGAUAGUAUUGGACGCUUUUGAGACGGGGAGCCUCGAUUUGGCUGGCGAUAUCAACUUAUCUGACUACACAGACCCUCUCCAAUUCGACGAGCGACUCGUCGACCCAUCGUUACUCUUUCAUUCAGGCACAGGCGAAGGUGACGGAGUAGCCACCCAACCUCACCAGGAUGGUCAAUACCACUCUACUGGGUCAAGCGCGCGGGCGUCGCAGGACGGCUCCACGGGGCCUUCGUCAAACUCCCUAUGGGCCGACGAAUCAAAUCCACGUAGCUAUCAAAACUCGACAUUUCUGGCACUGCCCAUGGAAACUCCGACGAGGAAGCCCUUUAAAAAACGCAGACCUCGCAGAGAUGGCAAUGAGGGGAGCGGGUACACUGAAGUCAUUGAGGCCGAUGAAGCGCCCAGAUGGGGAUGGGGCCAGCAUCUUUCGGAACAGGCACGAGAGGCACCGUACAACGACGACAACAUCGGGCUAGGGAGGUUUGAAGACACAACGCAGAGCCGUGUGUCGCCAAGCGACGCCGCCGUCGCUGCUGACAGCUUGCUGGACUUCUUGGGACAGCCGCACGCAGGCGGGAUGAUAGCUCCGGAUGAUCUCGAGGCGGUCGUGAGAAUCUGGAGUCUAAUACGGAAGAAACAGUAGACGUGAAGCGCCAAGUAAUUGAUGAAGGCGAGCGGUAUUAGUCAAUGAAGGCAAAUUCGACACACUUGCCGGCAGCCCUGGGUUUCGAUUAGGAGGAACACAACCAACCCUGGAGCGGACAUAAAGUUUCUGCUUUGUCGUGCAAGCGUAUCAUGAAAUGCUGGAUGGCAACGAUACUAUUCGACUUGACGGCUGCUUACGAGUCGAGUCCAAAGUAGCUGUAGGUGUUCGUAGCAAUAUGUUUUCUCUUAAAGAGGCCGCUGCAGAGUCUCAUACAUAUGUACCCUACGAAAUGGGCAGUCUUUCCAUAGUAGUGAGUGGUUUGUCACAGACAUAGAAAUACACCGAGAACUGUCACAAGUAAUGUCGCG